UAAAGGAAUACGGCUGAAUUUCACGGGAAGUGUUGCAUUUCUUGGAAAACGCUGUCUGGCUAUUUUAAAGGACCGAUACGAAGUGCAAUUGCCGCAUAAAUAUUUUAUAAGAGACAAGGAAUUUGACAAGUUUGAACUUUGAACAUCUUUACAAGCGACUUAGCUAUGCGGAGUUUGCCAGACAGCUAGCCAAUUCCCUACAAGAGCUCAAAUUUAGCUUGCUAACAUACUUGAGUCACACCCAGUAUUGUGGGUCCCAUGUAGUGUUUUUAGACUCCAAGGUAACAGUUCCUUUGUGAAGUGCAAAGGGACACGGGUGAAUUAUUCUCCAGCCUGACUCAGUGUGGCAAUUUAAUUAUUUUGUCUACUCUGCAACACUAGUAGCUUAAUUGUAAAUUGCUGUCACGUUAGCCAGCUAGCGACAUGCCACAGGCUAUUUUGGUUGGAGGUAGAUAACGCUAGCCAGCCACAUAAGGAGCAAGCGGCUGGUGUCUUGCUUUUAGGCGCUGUUAAUCUGAGAGUGUAUCUUGAAAGAUAGUGUCAUAUUUAACAGCUGGCUAAAUAGUAGCAUUUUAGUGUCUUUGUGAUUGUGUUGUAACAUGAGCGUGCCGAUGUACACAUUUGUUCUUCGUGAUGAUACGAGCAGCAUCUAUGCUGAAGUUUCUAAAAUCCUUCUUGCUUCUGGGAAAUGGAAAAGACUAAAGAAGGACAACCCGCGAUUCAAUUUAAUGCUGGGGGAACGAAACAGACUUCCAUUUGGACGAUUAGGCCAUGAGCCAGGACUGACCCAGCUCGUGAAUUACUACAGAGGAGCUGACAAGCUUUGUCGCAAAGCAUCAUUGGUCAAGAUCAUCAAGACCAGCCCAGAGCUGUCGGAGUCCCCUACCUGGUUCCCUGAGUCCUACAUCAUCUACCCGACCAACCUCAACACGCCAGUCGCCCCAGCCACCAAUGGCAUUGGUCACAUGAAGGCCAACCCCAAGACGGAUGAGCGGGAGGUGUUCUUAGCUUCGUACCACUGCAGGAAGGAGAGCGGAGACGGAACGGUGUGGAUUGCCAAAUCGUCUGCUGGAGCCAAAGGGGCUGGAAUUCUGAUAUCCCAUGACGCAAAUCAGUUGCUGGAGUUCAUUGAUAAUCAGGGACAAGUCCACAUCAUUCAGAAAUACCUAGAGAGACCUCUACUGUUGGAGCCAGGCCAUCGCAAGUUUGACAUCCGGAGCUGGGUGCUUGUGGACCAUCAGUACAACAUCUACCUGUACCGGGAAGGGGUGCUGAGGACGUCCUCGGAGCCGUACAACAGCACAGACCUUGAGGACAUGACCAGUCACCUGACUAAUCAUUGCAUCCAGCAGGAGCACUCGCAGAACUACGGCCGCUAUGAAGAGGGCAACGAGAUGUUCUUCGACGACUUCCGGCAGUACCUCCUCAACACGCACAAUGUCACGCUGGAAGCAGCCAUUUUACCUCAAAUCAAACAGAUCAUCAGAAGCUGUUUAGCAUGCAUCGAGCCGGCCAUCAGCACAAAGCAUCUGUCCUACCAGAGCUUCCAGCUCUUUGGCUUCGACUUCAUGGUGGACGAAGACUUCAAAGUGUGGCUCAUUGAAAUCAACGGAGCACCGGCUUGUGCACAGAAACUGUACCCGGAGCUUUGCCAAGGAAUCGUGGACGUUGCCAUCACCACUGUCUUCUCUCUGACUGUCGAUCCCCUCUCCUCCUCGCCCCCGUUCUCCACAUCGCCAUCGCUCAACUCCAACAACUGCUGUUCCUCUCCCAAACUACGAGCGCCACAUCAAAUCGGCCCCUUCAUGAAGUUAUGAGCGCACACCCAACCUGCCCCUUGGGACAGAACUGCCUUUCCACCGCCGCACCCGUCGCCCUCCACCCAACUCUACUCCUGACAUGGCCCUGGACUAGACUGGACUGGGUCCAGCUGGCUUCUGCUACCAGAUGUUGCUCCUCCUCCUGCAAAACAGAACUUCGGAGUAGUAGUGUAGGGUGGGUACAAGUGUCUGUUGACUUUUUUUUGACUUUUUUAAAAACUGCAAAUAGUUGUCGGUUUGUGAACACUACGCAGACGUUGGAUGAUUUAGACAUGAAGAUGCGAGUAUGCGACGGUGCGUAUGGGUGUGCCUGUGUGCAUAAGUGUGCGUGUGCGUGCGAUUGUGUCGGAUGGGGUGUCUGUAUGUCAAUGAAGAUGAAGUCAGUAGUUUGCCUUCCUAGUAAGUCUUACUGGGUCGGCAUUCGACAAGGUUCAAGCACUUACUGAGAGGUAGGAGUCCAAUUGAUUGAAAGUAAAUGAGGAAAACUGAUUGCUACCCGACCUAAUACGUGAUGCCUCAAGGGUACAACCACGUAGCAUCUCCGUAGAGACUGAGGCGAGGCCUUCAGUGCCUUAAUGUGUCCAUGGCCAUGUUUCCCCGAGCAAGUCUCUGUGACUAGAGGCUGUUUUCCCGAGUCCCUUGUAUAUCAUACAUAUCAUGGAAGGUGUGCCUGGCACUUGGUUGGCUGGCUUACUUGUAAACUUAACUUUACUGUAUGGUUUCUGAAGUUCAAUGUAAACCAGCCCCAAGAUGCAUGAAAAGAAAAGGAUGUCCAAGAUAGUAGAAUGUAGAUGCUAGUUGGUUACCCCUAUGUUUUGGCUUUUAGCCUCUUCCCUGUUCCUUGAUGAGAGAAAACACUGUCAGGCAUUUCACUCAAUCCUUGGUGCAUAUUUGCUUACAUACAAUUAUUUAAAGGGUUGACUAAAAAGAUUUAAUAUCGAAUCUCGAUUAAAAAGAGAGCAAUGGUCAUAUGCUUCCAAAAUGGUCUAAUGUUUUAUGCCUAAAUGGUAUGCUAUUCAGGAAAAGCAUGUUAGACUUGUGUUUUCUUUUUGCCCAUCAGUGAAUGUCGUAAACAUGCAGUUAUAGCUUUCGAAAAUUCAUUUUUUUUCCCAGCAUGAAUGAAGGAUUGGUAUGUGACUAGGUUAAAUGUCUACAAGCUAUUUGUCUAAAUGUAGUUGUUCCCUGUGAUCUGAUUUCAUUUGUACAGAUUGCAUGUUUAGGACUGUUGGAAAGGAAGUGGCGCGUGUACCAUUGACUGUUUACAGCCUGGUCAGAAAUGCUUUCACAAUACAAAUGAAUAUUUGCAUUUUUUUUCAUGGCUUAUUUGUCUACAAUAGGUUUUCCCCCCACAGACAUUCUGAGCAGAAUAUUUAUUGUGUUUUAACAAUACAUUCAUGUUUGGUCUUAAGAUCAACCCACCCAUUCAUCACUACAAAAACUAUUUAAUGAAGCGGAUACUUUGGACAGUUGUUAAGAAACAAAGGAAAAACAAAGUCCCCAUGUAAUUCCCAGCUCUGCUGACCGAUGUUUUGCUUUGUUUUAAACAUGGUGAGAGAUGGUCAAUGAAUCCAUGUCAUUAUGUUGUUAGAUACAUAGAAUUAGAAUACAUAGAACUCUUCAUGGAAAGCUAUGCUUUUGCAUGCUUUAAUACAUCUUCCCCAGGCUGUGUAUGCAUUUUGCACUGAACUAUGAGGGUAGUUCCACCUACCCUAUGAAAGUGUUACUUUAACAUUUAAAUGUGUUGAAUUUUAUGUCUAUUCAUCAUUCUAUUUAAAGAAAGAGUGUGUCAAUUAUUUGCGUCGCUGUACCUCUGUUUUCCCAAUUUUUCCCGCAACGUUUCUGAGGGGACGAGAAGUCCGAUUCCCAAAAUUGAAAACUUGUAUGUUGAUGCCUUUUUGGAUUGCACAAUUUGACACGAUGCUUCAUUUCGGAACAUGUAUUCAAAUAUAAGUUUGAUGUUUGCUUUUAAUAGUGUGUUUUUAAAAAAAGGGACGUAUGGUUUACAGGUUUCAUAGAUCAUUGACCAAUCACCAUGUGGGAUUUUUAUAUCCUAUUGUCAUCAACACAGUAUUAUAAUGUUGCGUGUGUGGGUGUGUAGAGGGGAGUCAUUUAAGGGGAAGGGUGCCUUACCAGAAACUUUCAUAGGAAUUUCACACCGUUAGUGUUUUUAUUUUAAGUUUAUGUUACGAUGACUUUGUCUUGUCUAAACAUGAUUUGAGUACGGUUGUAGAAUCCAAAACGUUUUUUAAAUAAAAAAGUAAACAGCUGAACAAUCUUAGGUAAUAGAAUCCCCUGACCCUUGAGCAACAACCCUCUUGAGUCAUUCCCCUUUUUUCCAAACCAAAGAGAAUUACUGCUUGUAUUUUGUAAUACAGAACAAGUGUAUUGCGUCCUCUUGAACUCUUUUUUUUCUGUAGUUUGUGAGAAUGCAUGUAUAGUAUUAUCUGCUGUCUGUGAAGCCUGGUUGGCAGGUGGACAUGAGGAAACAAUCCCAGGGUGCACUGCUCACAUCCUGAGAUGUCAACAUGACAUUAACAAACCAGAUGCAAGUGUUAACAGUGAUGGGGCGGCCAGUAUUCAGAGGCUACCAAGUACCACACAUCUCACAUUGCCAAGCUUGAACUGUCGUCUUUUUUGCUGGUGAUGUGACUAAUAUUCCCCAUCUGCAGCAGAUGAGUUGUGCUGUUUAGUAUCGAAUGAUUUUUUCAGUGGUUCAAAUUAAAUGUGAAGCCAGGUUGAGGUUGCCCAUCUCUGGUAAUACAUGUCUCUAACUGCUUGUCGUGAACAAAACAUGUUACAUGAUGAAACUAUUUAAGUAGGACACCUGCCAGCCUCCAUGUGCUUUGUCUGUACUGACAGUCCCUCGGUUGUGAUGUUUAGUUACCUUGGUUUUUGCAUGAAAUUGUCACUGCAUCUGUACUGGUAGAAGAACUAUGACAAUAAAUAUUGUAGUUGUGGUUUUA